UCGUCUGUCUGUGUGAGAGUGAACAACCGUCCAAAUGGCUCAACAGGGAGUUCUGCUGGACCAGGACCAGUUCUGUUGUUCUGUCUGUCUGGAUCUACUGAAGGAGCCGGUCACUAUUCCCUGUGGACACAGUUACUGUAGGAGCUGUAUUGAGGGCUGCUGGGAUCAGGAUGAUCUGAAAGGGGUCUAUAGCUGUCCUCAGUGCAGAGAGACCUUCACUCCAAGGCCUAAUCUGAGGAAAAAUAACAUGUUGGCUGAGCUGGUGGAGAAACUAAGGAAGACAGGACUCCAGGCUGCUCCCCCUCCUGCUCUGUGCUAUGCUGGACCUGGAGAUGUGGCGUGUGAUGUCUGCACUGGGACCAGAAAGCAGAAAGCCCUCAUGUCCUGUCUGGCAUGUCUGGCCUCUUACUGUGAGACUCACCUCCAACCUCACUAUGAAUUUCCUGCUUUGAAGAAGCACAAGCUGGUCAAAGCCACCGCACAACUACAGGAGAAGAUCUGCUCUCAUCAUGACAAACUGCUGGAGGUUUACUGUCGUACCGAUCAGCAGUGUAUCUGUUAUCUGUGUACAAUGGAUGAACAUAAAGGCCAUGAUACAGUGUCAGCUGCAGCAGAGAGGACUGAGAAACAGAGGCAGCUGGGGAUGAGUCAGCAGAAGGUCCAGCAGAGAUUCAGGAGAGAGAAGGAGCUGAAGGAGCUCCAACAGGCUGUGGAGUCUUUCAAGGUGAGUAUUGUUGACCAGAGGAGACACACCAUUUCACUUCUCUCCUCCAGUCAGAGAGAGAGAGGGGGCCCCUAUUCAAUCCCACUGACCCCACUGUUGGGAACAGGCUGUCUGGACCCCUUUCAGAGAAUAGACUGGUUCAUGUAACCGACUGGGCUGCCUCAUCACAUAACCAUGAGUAACCAUGACGACUCAUGUCCCCUAUACAUUAAAAUGGAACUGUCUCUCUCUCAAUUGAAUUAAAUUCAUAGGGCUUUAUUGGCAUGGAAAUAUAUGUUUACAUUGCCAAAGCAAGUGAAAUAGACAAUAAACAAAAGUGAAAUAAACAAUCAGAAAUGAACAGUAAACAUUACACUUGGAAGUGAUUUGGGGGAUGGGGGAGGGUCUAUUAGAAGUUAGUAGGACUCUUUUAUUUUCUCAGAAGUACUGAGUUAGGUAGGAGGAUUUAGAGGUGUAAACCGUGAUUGAACACACUCCAGAACAGUAGGUGGCGCCAUGCACCUUUAACGUUGGUUUGUGGACCACACCUCUUAAAGGAUAGGGUGCAGCAUUUCUACUUUUUGAUAAAAAGCAUGUGGGUUUUGUUGUUCAACUUCCUGCUACUCAUGCCAGGACUAUAGUAUAUGCAUAUGAUUAGUAUGUGUGGAUAGAAAACACUCUGAAGUUUCUAAAACUGGUUCAAUCAUGUCUGUGACUAUAACAGAACUUAUGUAGCAGGCAAAAGCCCAAGGAAAAACUGUUCAGAAAAACAAAAAUCCCUCUGGCAGUUCCUGAAUUGUCUUUGUCAAGGGAAAUUAGAUAGCGCCCAGUUUACAGUUCCUACAACUUCCACAGGAUGUCACCAGUCUUUGGGUUGAAGUUAAUCAUUGGUGAAACGAAGAAGAGGCAGAGGUGACACUGUGGAUUAUGUUAUGGAAGAGAGAAAACCGUGCAUGUAUUGUUGACUUGCUGUUAUUGAAUACAGAUCGCCCCGUCAACAAUUUGAUCGAUUAUUAACGUUUAAAAAUACCUAAAGUUGGAUUACAAAAGUAGUUUGAAAUAUUUUGGCAUAGUUUUAAGCAACUUUUGAAAUGUUUUGUCAUGACG